UGAGCGAGUGUACUUGGAGAGUCUCCAUCAGCUACUGCUCUCAGACAGAACUUGGAAGCAGAGCGAGACAGACGUGGAAGUAUCAGCUCCUCGCUUUACGACCGUUGAAUGUGUCAGUGUUGGAACGUCGGCUUAAUCAAUGUAGCGAAGACAUAACAGUUAAUUUUAAUGACAAAAGAACAUAGUGGCUACCGAGAACUGUAAGUGGACCGAAAUACGAAUUUGAGGUGGAAGAACUUUGGAUAUACCGUAUCCCUCCUGUGUUUGUGUGUGAGUGAAACUGUGAUAAUGCCACGAUCUUUUUUGAUUAAGAAGAAUAAUUAUAGCAACUGCCCUCUGAAAAAAAGGCCUGUACCACUCUACAAGGAACCACAAGAUGAGGAAGACAAAGAUGUGGCCGACGAUAACUCGGAGCCCGAGAAUCUGAGCACGAAGCCGGAAGAUUUGAGCCUGACGGCCAGUCAGCACCACUACCCUCACAAGGCCAUUACCCCGCCCCCCGGGGUAGCGCUCAUUACGACCAAAAGGAACCCUCUCUCCGAGCGACCCGAUACAGUGACGUCAGCUGCUACGUCACUGAAUCACGGGGCAAUCACAUCACCACAUCACCACCCGCACUACUUGGGUAAAGCGUCAGGUGGACCCCUGGAGCCACUGAAUCUCAACACGCCGGUUGAAUCCCAUCACCACCACUACGCCUCGUCGCCAACGUCAUGGCACCGAGGUGUCGUCCCACACUUCCCACCGCCAUACCUGACAUUCAAUUACCCAUACCCCCCGCCCGCCGAGAUGUACAGCAGUCACCACCAGUACACGCCUUCAGUGUACCCAGUAUCACCGGCCCGCAGCAGUCCUCUGAUGGGACACACACACCCUCAUCACCACCAAGAGCAGCAGCUGUCGCCGUACGCGCCACGGGACUCCACCAACUCGCCACCCCACCACAUGUUCACGUCCGCAACUUUGAGACCACCACUUUCCGCCGUGGCGUCUCUCCCCCAUCGACAGCACCAGGCGGCGUCCGAGCUACCCAAACUGUACAUGCCUUAUCAAGCAGCGGACCACUGCGGCCUCUCACCAACAUCCUCAGUCGCAUCCUCUUCUUCAAAUACUGCAUUCCAAUCCCUGUCGCCACCGCCUGCCACCCCGGAGGACCUGUCGUCACCCGGGAGUGUCAGCAGCGGUAGUAGCAGUACCGGAAGCACCGGUAGCGGCAAGAAGAGGAAGGAGGGAACAGUUCCGCGAUAUCAGUGUCCCGACUGCUCCAAAUCAUACUCGACAUACUCAGGGCUCUCCAAACACCAGCAGUUCCAUUGCGCAGCGACAGCCGGCUCGGAAACCAAGAAGUCAUUCAGCUGCAAGUAUUGCGAGAAGGUUUACGUGUCUCUUGGCGCGCUAAAGAUGCACAUUCGCACGCACACGCUACCCUGCAAGUGUAAGCUGUGUGGCAAGGCGUUCUCGCGGCCCUGGUUACUCCAGGGUCAUAUCCGCACUCACACGGGCGAGAAGCCCUUCUCUUGCCCGCACUGCAACCGCGCGUUCGCCGAUCGCUCUAACCUGAGGGCGCAUCUGCAGACGCACUCAGACAUCAAGAAGUAUUCCUGCAGUACCUGCAGCAAGACCUUCUCCCGAAUGUCGCUGCUCACCAAACACAUGGAUGGUGGUUGCCCUGGUACGAACACAACCGCCGUUGGCGUCUCCCAGUCGACGCUCAGCCCUAGCGCUCAACGAGACGGUAGCAGUGGCGAUGAAGCCAAACCCUCCUCUCCUGCUUUCUUUGUAAAACAUUUUGCUUCUUUUCUGUAAUGUGUAUUUGUUGAAGCUUCUGGUUCGUGAGCCAAGUGGUUAUUCAUGAAGGAACUAGUCCUUAUUCUCUACAGACCUUGAUGACGUCAUCUUCUGGAUAUUGGCGUGCCUUAUAAUUGAUGGUGACGCCCCUAUAGGCAGAACCUGUACAAAUUGGCUGCCAUCAACUCGCAUUACACCACAUAUCAGUAUUGAAAAUCUGAAAUAAGUUAUAUGUUAUAAACAUGCCGGUUUUAAAUAUUAAAAUUUUGUUAUUUAUAAUGAACAAGUGCCUAUAAUUUCAGAGCUAAGGAAGGGCGGGUUGCAUGUGAGGAUUGUCUUUCCUGUUAUGUCCCACAUGAUAGACAAUGGGAGAAUGAUGUUAAUGCUGAUGGAACAUUGUUCGUACCAAUCAAGAUUAAUAGUCUGUAAGACGACAGUGGAUGGGUGGGCUUGGGCGAUGACAGUCACGUGUAUAGGAAGUAUGUAGAGGGAACCACUCAAUGUCAAGUGCCUUUCUGAUUAGGUUCGUCUUGUAGCCUAACAAAAACCUUAAAAAAAGACUGAUAAUAAUUGUAUACUUCUGUACAACAAGAAGUAGAUUUAAACAAAAGACAAAAACUUCCUCAUGCGUUCAUAUGUCCGUUGUUAAAGUACAAAAUAAUCUUAAAGGGGCCUAAUUCAUACUUGAAAUAAUUCUUAUUUUUGUAAUUAUCACUUUUGUAACCCUGAGAGUGUUUCUGAGCAAAUGAGAGAACCGUGUAGGAUUAAGUCGACUUGUUCUCAAAUAAAGUGAUUAUGUAAUCUAUUUUAUGUAUUAUUAUAGAAUAUAACACAGAGUGGUUGCAGCACCGAAGUGCCAAAUUGCACCUA